AUGAGAACACAAACUAGCGCGCAAAUUUGCUCAUCGCCAUUCCAGUUCGAUGUACAUGAACAAAAAAUUCUUGUUGGUUUUGCAAGAGAGGUUGUGUCGGCGGAUUCCUUAUCAAUCUGUUUGGCCGCCUGUUUAAAUGCUUUUGAUACAUUUGGAUUUGAAUGUGAAUCGGUUAUGUAUUAUCCGGUGGAUUCAGAAUGUAUACUGAAUACCGAAGAUCGUUUAGAUCGUCCAGAUUUAUUCAUUGAUGAACUGGAGGACAACGUCAUUUAUUUGGACAAUAACUGCGCCGGAUCACAGUGCUAUGCGCCGUAUGUUACUCAGUACAUUGCUCUGGAAGGAAAACAACUAGCUGACGAGCUUGACCUCAGGUUCAAUGUUGAUCUGGAAACGUGUGAAUCGCUUUGCACGCAAAGGCUAUCCACAACUGCAAAUGAUUUCAACUGCAAGUCAUUUAUGCAUAACCCAAAAACUAACACCUGUAUCCUUUCUGAUGAGCGUUCAAAACCUUUGGGCCGAGCUGCGCUAAUUGACGCUGAAGGUUUCACGUACUACGAGAAGAAAUGCUUCGCUUCACCGCGAACGUGCCGUAACAUUCCGGCAUUCAAUCGUGUUCCAAAAAUGAUCCUUGUCGGUUUCGCAGCAUUUGUCAUGGAAAAUGUUCCGUCAGUGACAAUGUGUCUUGAUCAAUGUACAAAUCCACCACCGGAAACAGAUGACUUCGUUUGCAAAUCUGUUAUGUAUUACUAUAAUGAACAAGAAUGCAUCUUGAAUGCAGAAACAAGACACACAAAACCAGACCUGUUCAUUCCAGAAGGCGAUGAAUUCCAAGUUGAUUAUUUUGACAUAACGUGCCAGUUGGGAAAAGAACAGUGUCCAGAAGGAACGUCGCUUCGUUCAAUCAGGACCAUCAAUGCAGCGCUACCCGAGGGAGAAGGUUCACUUCAUGUUCUUCAGGCUGCUGGUAACUCAGUUGGAGAAUGUUUAAUCAAGUGCUUUGAACUUGCUCCGGAGAAAUGUAGAUCGUUUAAUUAUCACAAACAAACCUCAGAGUGCGACCUUCUUUACGUAGAUGGUAAAACAACACUACGUCCAGAAGUCAGAGCAGCAGUAGACUCUUAUGACGUGCAUUGCCUUUCUGCAAGACCCGAUUGUUCCCUUAACAAAGACGGUGCGAUAUAUUCACGAUACUUGUAUACUAAGCAAACUGGCCUUCCAACAGAGCAGUAUGAAAGCUUAGCACUAAAUAAGUGUCUUGACUUAUGUUCUAAAUCUCAAAGGUGCGAAGGUGUAAAUUAUAACAGAAGAAAUGGACACUGCAGUCUUUUUGAACAAAUCGAUGGUAGUGGAGAUCAAAAUGAUUUUGUAGAUUUCUAUAAAAAUCUUUGCCUCUUAAAAGAACCUGAUUCUGGAUACAGUGCUGCAUCAAACGUUCCAAAACAACUUCGUAACGGAACUGUACCGCAUAAAAGUGAUACUAGGGCUGAGGUUCUGGGGACAAAUAAGGUUUAUACAGUCGAACAGGUAGAUGCUUUCUUACAGGCUAAACCAGCAACAACUAUACGUGAUCAGGAAGAACCGAAAAAGAUUCCGGAACCUGAAGACGAAGGAAGCAAGCAUCCAUUCAUCAAGCAUCCUAAAGCCGAAGGAACUCUUACAUUGUCGGCUAAAGUUCCAUCACCGCCAGUAUUGGUUCCUGCUGAGGCAGUACGAACAAUCUGUAAUUACGAAGGUAUCAAGGUUCAGGUCAGAAAUAAAGAGUCGUUCAGCGGAGUAAUGUUUGUGAAAAACAAGUACGAUACAUGCCGUGUUGAAGUGUCGGAUAGCGACAGUGCAGUAUUGGUACUGGGUUUACCACCAGAUUUUGGAGCCAGGAUGGUUGAGACCGAGGUAGUUGAGGCAAAGAAUAAGACGGUUAAGGAAGAGAAACCAGUUGAGGAUUUGCGUUCGAAAAGGCAGCUGGAAGAAACCACUCACGACUGUGGCAUCGUUGACAUGAUGAAUGGCACAUACAAAUCGACGGUUGUUGUACAGACUAAUAAUUUGGGCAUUCCUGGAUUGGUAACUUCAAUGGAUCAAAUUUAUGAAGUCAGUUGCGACUACAGUUCCAUGUUGGGUGGAAAGGUUAUGACCGGUGCUAACUUGUCAGUACAUGGUCCAGAAGCAACCCUGAUUCAACCUCGUGGGAAAAUCGAGCUGGGCAACCCGGUGAUGAUGCAACUGCUCAACGGCAACGGGGAACAUCAGCCUGUUUUACAAGCAAAACUUGGUGAUGUUCUCGAAUUACGAUGGGAAAUGGUAGCCAUGGACGAAGAGUUGGACUUCUUUGUACGGGAGUGCUUCGCGCAACCUGGUGGAAAUAGUGCUGUGCAAGACAAACUGCAGCUUAUUGCGGAUGGGUGCCCAACUCCGGCAGUUGCUCAAAAACUUAUUCCUGGGCCUGUCGAAAUUCUUUCAUCAGCUGUUAAAAGUGCAAAGAUACAAGCCUUCCGAUUUGACUCCUCUAAUACUGUAAGGCUCACCUGCCAUCUCGAUAUUUGCAAAGGAAAAUGUAAGGAGGCUCAAUGUGACUUCAGCGGUUCAACUGCGAGGAGUUGGGGACGAAAAAAGAGGAGUGAAAAUUCAGUCCUUGAAUUUGAAACAGAGCGUUAUAAAGUACCACGUCACGCUCAAGCAACCACCUCGUUACUGGUAAUUGACCCUCUACAACAAAUCAAUGAACCAGUUGCUUUAGCUCGAUCUCAGAAUUUUGAAGUUGCUCGUGAGACACCUUCAAUGAGUGUAACUUCCGUUUCCGGACAGAUGUGUAUGGAAAAGUCAACAAUUCUGUCAGUAUUUGGUAUUUUAUUUGCUCUAACAGUGAUUCAAGCAAUUGUGGUGUCGCAGUACGUAUUCCGGAGGUUAAUAUUACAUCAGAAAACCGUAGAAUAA